GAGGGGAUUCUCCCCUUCUACUCCACUCUUGUGAGACCCCAUCUUGAGUGCUACUGCUAUGUCGCCCCAACAUAAGAAGAACACGGACCUGCUCAGUCUAUACCCAGAAAGUCCGUAAGUGAUGGUGUAAAGGACAGAAAGGACCAACUACCUGAGAAGCAGCGCUGUACAGGGCCUCCUUCUUGGCAGGAUGGUAAGUUGGCAGCACGUUUUUGCUACCUGCAGCAGAAUGUUGAGCAUAGUUUGAAGGUAGAUGAGGCUUGAAAUCCACAGCAAAGGCAUGCAGUGCUGAACUCCACCUAAUCCCUUGCACCAGGACGUUGUGCAAGGAGAGGGACUUGUAGUGUCAGCAACCCGACUGCUUUGCAGCUGACUGAAUUCUUGGCGCAAGAAAUCAGUGGUGGCAAGAUUCAAAACAGAUACACCGGUCAACAUGAGCACAGCAGGCAAAGUUAUUAAAUGCAAAGCAGCAGUACUGUGGGAAGCCAAUAAACCAUUUUCUAUUGAGGAAGUGGAGGUUGCCCCUCCAAAAGCACAUGAAGUUCGCAUAAAGAUCAUGGCCACAGGGAUCUGUCGCUCUGAUGACCAUGUGGUAACUGGUGGACUGGUUAUGCCUUUCCCAAUAAUUCUUGGACAUGAAGCAGCUGGUGUUGUGGAGAGUGUUGGGCAGGGAGUAACUUCAGUCAAACCAGGAGACAAGGUUAUUCCACUCUUUGCUCCACAGUGUGGGGAGUGCAGCAAUUGCUUAAGCACCAAGGGUAAUCUGUGCAAUAAAAAUGACAUUGGUUCAGCUGUUGGAUUAAUGCCUGAUGGCACCAGUAGAUUCACCUGCAAAGGAAAACCAAUUCACCAUUUUGUUGGUACAAGUACCUUCACUGAAUACACAGUAGUGGAUGAAUCUGCUGUAGCCAAAAUCGAUUCUGCUGCUCCUCUGGAAAAAGUUUGUCUAAUCGGCUGUGGAUUUUCAACUGGUUAUGGGGCUGCUGUGCAGACUGCCAAGGUGGAACCAGGCUCCACUUGCGCUAUCUUUGGCCUUGGAGGAGUUGGCCUCUCUGUUGUCAUGGGCUGCAAGGCAGCUGGAGCUUCCCGCAUCAUUGCUGUUGACAUCAAUAGUGACAAAUUUGCCAAGGCCAAGGAGCUGGGAGCCACCGACUGCAUCAACCCUAAAGAUUUCAAGAAGCCUGUUCAUGAAGUGUUGAUUGAAAUGACCGGCCAAGGUGUGGACUACUCCUUUGAGGCCAUCGGCCGUACUGAAACCAUGGUUUCAGCCCUGGCCUGUUGCCAGUACAACUAUGGAGUCAGUGUGAUUGUGGGAGUGCCUCCUGCAGCACAAAAGAUCACUUUUGACCCCAUGCUCCUCUUCACUGGUCGCAACUGGAAAGGGUCUGUCUUUGGAGGCUGGAAGGGUAAAGAUUCAGUCCCUAAACUGGUUGCUGACUACAUGAAGAAAAAAUUUGUUCUGGAUCCAUUAAUAACCCACACGCUUCCUUUCACUAAAAUCAAUGAGGGAUUUGAUCUGCUAAGGGCAGGGAAGAGUAUUCGCAGUGUCCUGGUGUUUUAGGAUUCCCAGUUAAGCAGCACAUGGCUCAGCACCAGCGCAAACUUCAUUGUCCUCCAAUACAACUGAUAUGGAAUACAAACCAAGACAUUUCUGAAAGGUCUACCACCACCACUCUUGAAUUAGAGGAUCAAGCACAAAGCCCAGACUUUAAGCACAGUGCUUAUAAGUGAAACACUGUUUUUCCUCCUACCUCUUUCUCCUGAUUCUUGCUUUAAAUCCUCUGUAUUGUGCUGCAGUUUUCUUUUAAUAGCCAAUUAUGAAUUACAGGACUUGCUGCUGUCACAGCUGUUGAGAAAGGUUUGGAUUUUCUAAAAUGGUUUUUAAUAGGCAAUCUUUUAAAAUUGAAGGAAACUGUUUCUUCAUAACACUGCAAGAUUAAUGGCUUUGUGCAUACAGCUCAGCACAGUAAAACUCUAGGUCAGAACUACGUAUCCAACCUGAAUGAUUUCAGCAUUCCGCUACCUGACAGGCAAGGAAAUUACUGCAGAGAUUAAAAUUUAAGGUGACCAUGUGUUUGAAUUAAUAAUUUCAGUAAAGGAUAUUUAAGUAAAUCAUAGACUUCAGUACUGCAUAAUGUCUCACCACUGGAUAUUUUACCUUAUUAACCCUUCCAAGCAUUUUAUAUAAAUCUGCUGUGGUGGUGACCUGUGUUGUGGUUUGGGGUUUUUGUACCUUUGCACCUCUUUCUUGGGGAUGGUUUAGUUCUUUCAUUGGUAUGGGUUUAGAUCUUUGGCUAAUUUAUGCAUGUGCAUGUGAUGCUUGGGAAACAAUGUGAAGAAAUACAAAUGUGCAUCAAGUAUCGUUAUUUGUUUCCAUUAAAUAAAGGGGAGAUGUCUUAACCUUUAAGUGUGAACAGAGUAAGUGGGAGGAAAUAGGUGACUGGUAACACUUUGCAAGAAAUCAAACAUAAAGCAUUUGUCUGCUUUCUGCAUCUAUAACACAGAAACCAGAACAGAGGCUAUUUAUGUCCUGGCAAACAUGGUCAGCAUUGGCCUACCUUUUGAAAGUAUUGAUCAGAGCUUGCACGCACAGUAGCUGGGUAGAAGAGCCUGCAAAGUAAGGGGACUGUGUGCUCAUGAUGCCUUGUUUGUAUCAGCAGAAAGAGUCCUUGAGCAGCCCAGCUGGGUUAAUGAUUUGAGGAUGUUUACCAAGAGAUUAGACUUUAACAGAGGAAGAUUCUUAAACGUGUGCGUGUAUAAUAAAUACA